ACGGAAAAAUGUCCUCGCGGUUGAAUUUAGUUCGCGCAUUUCUCAGUCAAUCGGGAUCAUCCGGAGAUGCCGCUGAGCGAACGAAGGCUUCGUCUUCCGGUGAUGCUCCCAGCGAAGGAGUCGAUAGUGGUUUCCAGACGCGCACUCCGGAGACCACACCAACCACGCAGCGCAAAGGUAUUGGGCGUGGUCAGCUGACGUCGGAUGCGGGUAGGGCCACCGGAACAUCCGGAGCAGACUCGUCGGAGUCCGACGACAAACAGUCCAGCAUUGGAUCCGCUUUGCCGUCGUUGAGUGGCCGUGGCCGAGCCCAGUUCAUUCAAGCGCUCAUUCGUCAGCCGUUCGAACCGGCUCCUUCGGUGGUUUCGGAUGAUUCGUCUUCCAUGGUGUCGGCUAGAGUGUCGCAAAUUGCCUGCGGACGAGGACGGUUCAUUCAACAGCUGCUGAAUACGGCUGCCGAUGCCGAGAGUAUCGAAACCCAAUCGAACGGAAAACAUGACGAACUGUCCGAAGCAGUGUCACAGGUCACGCUCGCUGAAACGGUCGAAACGGAGGAAAAGGCCCCAGUCAUCAGAACGGGAACCAGCGGAACUCCCGUUCAACUGAUGACCAACUAUAUUCGUCUGGCAUGCGAUCCGGACCGCGGUAUCUACGAGUACGAAGUACGAUUCCAUCCGUUGGUGGACUCGAAAGCAAUCAGAGCUCGCUACAUCGCACAACACAAGGAUGUCCUCGGCAAUGCCAAAACGUUCGACGGCGUCAAACUGUUUCUUCCGAAGAAGCUUCCAGAGGCGGAACUGAUCCUGCAAUCGAAAAACCCCGUCGACGGCCACGACGUCACCAUCAAGAUCAUCUACAAGCGCAAGCAGCGAAUGAGCGAGAACAUCCAGUUCUACAACAUUCUCUUCCAGCGCAUCAUGAAAGUGCUGAAGAUGGUCGAGAUGGGUCGGAAGAAUUUCGACCCGUCGGCGCCGAAGCUGAUUCCGCAGCAUCGUCUGGAAAUCUGGCCAGGAUACGUUAGCGCCGUCGACGAAUACGAGGGAGGCUUGAUGUUGAAUCUCGACGUGUCCCAUCGGGUGCUGCUCCAGACGACGGUGUUGGAUCACAUCCGAACCCUGGCGAGGGCCAAUCCGCAGGAUUACAAGAACAUGGCCACCAAAUCGCUGCUGGGAGCCGUCAUAUUGACUCGCUACAACAACAAAACGUACCGCAUCGAUGACAUCCUGUUCGAUCAGAAUCCCACCAUGACCUUCGAAGCCAACGGAAAACCCAUUUCGUACGUGCAGUACUACAAACAGCAGUACAACAUCGACAUUCACGAUCUGAAGCAGCCGCUGCUGAUCAACCGGAAGGAACGUCGAGUGGCCGGCCAGGACAAACCGUUGGAGAUGAUCAUGUGUUUGAUCCCGGAGAUUUGCUACCUGACCGGAUUGACCGACGAGAUGCGAAGCGACUUCAAGGUGAUGCGGGACAUUGCGGCGUUUACGAGGGUGUCGCCGAAUCAGCGCUUGAACAGCAUGCGUCAGUUUUGUCAAAACGUCAACGAAAAUAAGGAAGCUCGGGAAAUCCUGGAGGUUUGGGGCCUAACGUUGGACAUGAACGCCCUGGUAAUGAAGGGACGUUGCUUCAAGGAGGAACAGGUCAACUUCAGCGGGGUCAAUGUCCCCGUUGGAAAAGGAGGUGAUUUCAACCGAGCCGUCACCAGCAACAACGUCUUGCAAGCGGUCAACAUUCGCAACUGGCUGUUGGUUCACACGGCGAAGGACACCCGGAUUGCCAAGUCGUUCAUGGAUUGCGUCGAGCGCAGCUGUCGUCCAAUGGGCAUUCAGAUCGGGCCGCCAGCGAUCGAAGUCCUGCAAACCGAUAAGACCGAGCUGUAUGUGCAACUGCUACGAACGAAAAUCCGCCAAGAAACGCAAAUCGUUGUCAUAAUCUGUCCGACCUCACGGGACGAUCGUUACGCUGCCAUCAAACGUAUUUGCUGCUCGGAGAUCCCAGUUCCAUCGCAGGUCAUCAACGCCAGAACGCUGAGCAACGAGGCCAAGAACCGUGCCAUCGUACAAAAGAUCAUUCUUCAGAUGAACUGCAAACUCGGAGGAACACUGUGGAGCAUUCGCAUUCCGUUCGACAAUGUGAUGAUUGCCGGAAUCGAUACGUACCACGACCCGAAACAAAAGAGCAACUCCGUGUCGGCGUUUGUGGCCUCGCUCAAUGGCGACUACACCCGCUGGUAUUCUCGAGCCUGCAUUCAGAGCAAAAAGGAAGAGUUCAUCAACGGUCUUUGUGCAUCGAUGGAAAAGUCCCUGAAGGCAUACCAGAAGGCAAACUGCCAGCUUCCGAAAAAGAUCAUCAUUUUCAGAGAUGGUGUUGGUGACGGUCAGCUGCGAAUGUGCUCCGAGUAUGAAAUUCCUCAACUGCUAGAGUCGUGUAAGCUAGUGGAACCCGACUACAUUCCGGAGAUCACGUUUAUUGUCGUUCAAAAGCGUAUCAACACCCGAAUGUUCCGCAUCGAUGGAAACAACCUGGAAAAUCCGAACCCGGGCACCGUUCUGGACCACACCAUUACCCGUCGCAACCAUUUCGAUUACUUCCUGGUACCGCAGUCGGUCCGUCAGGGUAGCGUUUCGCCAACCCAUUACAUUGUGGUGCACAACCAGUCGAACCAUUCGCCGGACAUUCUGCAACGGUUGAGCUACAAGCUAUGCUACCUGUACUACAACUGGCCCGGAAGUGUGCGAGUCCCCGCCUGCUGUCAGUAUGCCCACAAAAUGGCCUACCUCAUCGGACAAUCGGUCAAACGGAACCCGGACGAGACGCUGAACGACAAACUCUUCUACCUGUGAAUGUGGUACCAUCGACGCGUUACCGCCAAACGGUAGUUUCGAUUUAUCCGAAGGGACUGAUUUAUUUUCGUUUUAUGUCAUUUUUUUUUUCAUUUCGAGAUGAGAUUUGUUUUAUCAAGCUGUUAGAGAGAGAAAACGGUUUAUCGCCAAAAAUGAGUGCCUUGUUAGUCAGCAGUAUUUAUCUCCAGCUGCGAUGUUCUAUACAUUACAAAGUAAAUCCAUGUUUUUGUUACAGAAAAUCGGUGACUAAAAUACUGAAUUCAAUCUAUUUUGGGUCACCAGUGACGCGUUUCUCAUGAA